CAUUAAGUACUACCUCUCUCUGUCUUUCACUCUCUCCUACUCUAACUCCAUCCGAAUAUCUUUCUUCUUCUUCAGUUCAAAUUCUUUCAUUCGUCUCCGCAUUACUUUUCUUCUCUCACUUACUCUUGUAAAGGCAUCGCGCCGGGCUUUUCGUGUACUGCUACGCGUACCUGAUUGCUAGAGGAUAUUAGCAAUGAAUGGCUACCUAGUGCGCGGCCAAUAGGCAGUCGUCUGUCGAUGAGAGGCUAAUUCCUAAAUCGAAAGCCCAUAGGUGCUCCGGGCUCUUGCGGGCCGAUAUAAAUUGACGGUCAUACGGGACCAAGGAUUAUCCAGGUCGGCUAACAAUAAGAGUGUAAGGUCGCGAUGUGAAGCGGGUGAACCUUUGACUAUGAGAAUCUUGUUAACUCAGUUUUAAUUCCUUUGAUUACGUCUUGCUCGCGCGAAUCCGCGAGAUCGUCUUUUGUUCUCGUUCGUGACCUUAUUGUCACGUAAAUUGAAGCACGCAUAGAUAUAGUGUCAUAGAGCCGACCUUGUUCAGCUGACGUGUGUACGGGAAGAUUGUAAUUAAUGAAUUACUCUAUGGACAGGUGCUAGAGUAAUGCAGCAAGAUCAUCCUGGAAGGAGUCCUACGCGCCUAAAAAUGGCGGCUAGCUAACCACCAUUUUGGAUCAUUCUAUGCUAAUUGGCAAGGACGCGGUCGCGUGUCCAGGUACGGUCGAACAGGCGCAGAUGAAGUUGCUCCUGGCCCAGCCGAAGGAAGAAGCUGAUAACGUACCUGCGAUACGUUCAGUUUUACGGAUACGUGAAUAUCUUUUGUUAAUCGCAAGUCCAACGCGGAAUGAUCGAAGAAGACUUGUUACUGGUGACGAGCUGUAACAGUGUCCUUAGUCGUACCACCUAUGGAGCAAGUGGGAAAAGUGCGUGCUCAGUGAUCAAGACAUACGACGUCGAUCAAUCGAUUGCAGUGACAUCUAUUCGAACGGCUACGUAUUUGCUAUGUUUUUGGCUGGAAACUCCUUCCGAGAGACGCCCAAGGGACAGACGUCGUUUUUACCCGGAUCAACGACGCUCUAACGUACGGUCAGGUGGUAGAGAAGUCCUGAAGAGUGGUACGUGGAUCACGAGGAACAGUUAAUAACCAAGAGAGUCACGCGACGGGAUGCAGAACUACCAGGAGCCUGCCUCCACUGAUCCCCAGUGAAGGAGGAAGUAUCUGGACCGGAAGGAGUCAGUUGAUCGGUUGGAGGAUGAACGAGGACGAAGGAGGAUCCUUGCUUCGGAGAUGACCACUGGGUUAACGCCGCGUCAACGAUCUGACGACGGAGACGACGAUCGUCCAUCAGCUGUUCGACACUGCCAUUGAGAAGAGGAGUCCUCGACGCUCAUCGCGAUGCCAAGCACCGUCGCCUCCUUGAUGCAACGAGACUCUCAGCCAACUUCAGACUCCUCGACGUUCCUGAAUCCAGUCUCAGAUGCACGGCAUUCUGGGAAUGGGAAGCGUCGGCAGCAACGCGACAGGGACCACGAGCCCGACGGCGUCGGCGUCCCUGCCAGACGCGACGCCGACGCUCAGCGAGCGUGAGCAGCUCAAAAUCGAAUUCUACAAAACGUACGACGUGAUGACCGGCGUGAGGAUCGCCGCGACCCUCGGCGGUUUCUUCAGCCUCAUGGUGCUACUCGUCGUCUACAAGAGCAGGUGCAAGUCGAGCAAGCAACUGGAGGAUCCUAGACUGACGGCUGCGGCCGCGGCUGCGGUCGCCGAAGCUGAGGCUGAGGAGAGGGCCCUGGCGGCUGCGCUGGAGGCUAUCGCCAGGUUACCUCCGAGACCUGGUCGUGGACCCAGAAGGUCCUUGUGCGUCGAGACCACAGAGGUACAGCACUGCCACGUCAUUUGCCAGGUCAAUCAGUCUCAGCUGCCAGUGAUUGCCCCACGCUUCGCAUCCGUUGGUGGUGGCGGUGGGUACGACGGGCUUCUGGCGCCGCCUAUGAGGCAGCCCAGGUUGGCACCACCAGCCGAUCACAGAAGGUGCAGCUCCAUCACCUGCAGCAGCACAGCCAGUAGCUACCUCGAAGGACGCGGUUCGGCCAUGGCCAUGCCCUGUCUACUGCCGCCCCCUUCCUUCCCGCGCCAUGCUAACUACGAGGACGAACCCUGGGAUCUUUAUUAUCCCAUAGACAUUCAGGUUAUACAGCCGACGCCGGAUAUGUCACCGUGCGGAAGCGAAGCUGGUCUCUACGCCGGAGUGUCAUCCACUCGUCGCGCACCUCUUGCAUCCAUGGGUAGCGUGGACCCUCCUGAACCCGACUCUAGGUCCCUGGGCUCCGAUUCGGUUUUCCUCGAUGACGAGGAAUGCCUGGACACGGAGGACGAGGUCUCUGGGUUCUCAACUGACUCGGACGCCCCGGGACCCAGUUGCCGAAGGUUCCUCAGGGUUCCGCCGAGGAAGCGACGCACCCCGGAGAAGUGGGACGGAUGUGCGGGCUGCGUGCCAAGACGACGAGCCGGUAGGACGAAUAACGGCGUCCUGCCUCCCUGCCAAGCCUGCCUGACGAUCAGCGCCGCCAUCGAGACGCCCAGACCCAAUUUACCUACCUAUGGCAGAUCGUCAGUCAUAUCGACCAGCAACACUAUCAACAGCACCAGCUCCACAAGCAGCACCAGUAGCAAGAGCACCGAGUCUCCACCGCGUUCGCCGCCGAUCGAGCUCAGGCAUAGGCCAAUGCCGCUGAUGCCACAAUCAUCAUUAGCCACCACGACGACGACGAGGACGACGACGACGACGACGUCCGUAGGAACGCCUAUCUGGUCUCAGGAGACGCUCUUCUAGUCGCCGUUUCGCUAUCUCUGAGUUUGAUCAUUGGACGCGGCCGGUUCCGUGGGAAAAGGGGAAAGAAGAACUCGCAGGCACGAGAUCCCCAUACGAAUGCAUACAUAUCUCCCAUCGGCCCGACGGAACGCCACUCCAUGUAAUAUGAAAUAUUUCCAAUAUGAAUGAAAGCGAAGAACGCCGACUAGGAAGGCUCGUGCAAUUGGUGCGACUGGUGCGAGGAUCCGGGCACUAAAACCAGAGCAAACCCGGCUUAAGGUUCACUUCCUGGUGCAUUAUUGAUAAGAGAAGCUGCGCGCAUUGGGUUCGCCACCUUGGCAACAGCCGACCCUUUCCAUCGCGGAUCAUCCCCUCCGUCCGUCGUGCUCGGUUCUUAUAACCCGUCAUGGCCAUCGCCUUACAGCGACAAAACAAAAAACCCAACAGCGAGAGAAAUACACAGAACCUAGUAAAUAAAUAGCGUCGAGGCCAAUCAGUCAGUCACAGUCAAUGAAUAAAAGUGUUAGCAGUAGUGAAAAGUGUUCGCGAUCGCGAAGGUGAAAGGUCAGACGACGAGGACCUAAGAGAUCAUCCCAGCACCAAGCACCUAGGUAAGUGGACUUGCCAGGACGCCAGGAUAUUCUUGGGGAUCGUUAAAGCGCUAAGAAAAUGAUACGUGUUAAGGAAUUAUUUUUCUACGAAUAACGUGAUGAUAAUCAAAGUCGUGUCGUACCGUAAAGUCGGAUCUGCACGGCAGCCUACCCGUUAACGUUAACGUAGCUGUAACUAUUUAGUCAAGGCUAACCUAAGCCGAUCAUUGUUAAGGGAAAGAAAAUCCCGCCUCGUUAUUAUUCUCAUUCUUAAUUAAUAAUCGUCUAAGCACGCGUGUACGUAUAUCCGUCAUAAUUUUUUUAAUCGUUAAUCAUCCUUCUCUCAUUGUUAUCGCCAUUGUUAUCGAUUCACGUCAUUAUUCCAAGCGCACGUCAGAGCCAAGAAAACGAGAGAGAAAGCCGCCAGAGACAAAUGAAAAAUUUAUUCUACUCGUGUAUCCUCCCGUAAACUCCUGUAAAUUUUUAGUGUGCGUGUACGUGUCUAAUAUUCCUCCUAUGCAUAUUACAGUAGGUACUGUGUACUGUUACGCAAGAUCGAUUCGUGCGCAAUGCGAAGGCUCGUACCACUGUUUCUCCAUGCCCUCUUAUCUGUCUUUCCUUUCGCUUUACCCUUACCUCCAUUCAUUCCUAUCACUCACUCAUUCUUUCAAUGUGAUUACAAGUCACCUGACUGUCCUCUACCAUCCUCGUUACACGAGUACAAGACAUUUUUUACGUCACUCGUCAAUAUCAUGGAGACAAUUUAGCCCUCGCCGCCCACGAGUCGAUCCUUACCCCUCUCCUGACCACCCUGGCAAAACCCCCCCCCCCACUAAAUCUAUCUCGAGCGUUAUAUAUAUAUAUAUAUGAGAGAAAGGGAACUAGCGUUCUAGCAAGACAUCCUACGAAGCUAUUAAAAAAUAUUAGAUAGGUGUACAUACUGUAAUACGCUGAGACGUCGAACUGGAAUAUAACGUUGUCUAUGUAAAGAAAGAAAAAUUUUAAAAUAUAUAUAUAACUCCGAGAGACGGGAGCCAUGAGCUUUUCGCGAGACAGAUAUAUAUAUAUAAGAGCCUGUUAAUUCAUUUGUUCUCUUGACAAAAUGGAAUAAGCCGAUCAAUGCUCCGUGGCGGGAAAAACGAACAGCCAGUUGAUAUAUAGGGUGGACUAAUAAAAAAACAUAAGUAGUUAGCUCGCGGCCAUGUACGAAGAGGCAUUGCGUCUCGCGGAAAUGCCG